UGCAGUGUUCUGUAGGAGAACCAUUGACCUCAACUUUGGACCUCUGAAUCCCUGGAGGAAAUCAGGUUCAUGUUUUCCAGCCAGGCCAGGCCUGGAUGCUUCUGAUUCUUUGGUGUGAAUAUAUUCCUCUGUGUGUGAUCUCGUUGCCUGAAGGAAGAGGCCUGUGUGUCUGUGUGAAGAAUAAAAUUGUGUGUUCUGCAAGUUUGGAGCUUGUUUCUGCCUUAAAUGCAAAUGCUCUCAGGGUGGAAUAUUACCUUGAGCCUGGAAGGAAGCCCUGUUCAGGGAAAGAGCUGCGAGCCAAGAAGCUGUCACUCCCUCCUUACUCAGCACUCUCUCCCUCCAUCUUCUUCCAUUUCAGGUCUCAGGUGUGACACAGGGAGAACUAGUCCAGUCUAGGCAGUUGGAGACCUAGGGCGACCAUCUUGCACAUCUGUAAAUUAUAAGAAAGGAUUUCAACUGCUCUUACUGGCUGUGUGGACCCAACAUUAUUCAUCUGCCUCUAGACUGCCCAGUGGCCCUGCCUCCACUCACAUCCCUCUUACUUUAAAAGGCUUCUUGGGCUUAGAGAGGACAUUCACUUAUAGACUUCCAGAAGCUGCAGCAAGGAAAUGGUCCCAGGUGUGACACAGGAAGAACUAGUCCAGUCUAGGCAGCUGGGGACCUCCGGUGACCAUCUUCCCCAUUCAAAAAUCACAAGUAAGGGUUUCAACUGCUCUGACUGGUGUGUGGACCAAACAUUAUUCUUCUGCCUCCAAACUUCCUAGCAGCUCAGCUUCCCAUCCCUCGUAUUGAAGUGGCUUCUUGGGCUCAGGGAGGACAUUCAUUUAGACUUCCAGAAGCUGGAGCAAGGACAUGGACUCAGUGGUCGUUGAGGAUGUGGCUGUGGAGUUUACCCAGGAAGAGUGGGCUUUGCUGAGUCUUGCUCAGAGGAAACUCUACAAAGAAGUGAUGAUGGAAACCUUCAGAAACCUAGCCUCAGUAAUUUCUCAAAACCUUAAUGGUGGAAAAAAGUUAUCCAGUGAAUAUGUAAUAGUGGAAUUCAUGAAGAAUGACAUCUGGUCCUCCAUGUUAGAAGGUAUCUGUGAAUUGCGUGGUGUUGAAGAUCAGCAUACAAAUCAGGGGAGACAUAUGAGAAGGCAUAUGAUAAAGAACCUUUUUGAAAGUAAUGAAGAAAAUCAAGGUGGAAAAACCUUCAGACAGAUACCAAAUCUAACUGUGUUCAAAAGAACUCCUACUGUUGUAAAUUCUUCUGAAUGCCGUGAGUGUGGAACAUUCUUCAUCAAUCACUCAUCCCUUAAGCAUCAUAUCAGAUCUCACUCUGGUUGCAAUACUUAUCAAUAUAAGAAAUGUAGAGAAGCCCGCAGUUGUCCCUCUGGCCUAAACACUCCUGUAAGAACUCUUACUGAAGAGAAACCCUAUAAAUGUAAGGCGACACUCACUGGAGAGAAACCCUAUGAAUGUAACAAAUGUAGGGAAGAUAUCUGUAGUUUCUCAUCCUUUCGGACUCAUGUGAGACGUUGUAAACAUGAAUGUGAAGAACAUUGGAAAACCUAUCCCUCAUCACACUUUGUACAUAACAAAUUUCAUAAUAGAGAUAUGCCUUAUGAAUGUAAAGCAUGUGGGAAAGGCUUCAGUCAUUCCUCAUCCCUCAUUAUACAUAUAAGAAAUCAUAGUGGAGAGAGGCCUUAUGAAUGUAAGGAAUGUGGGAAAGCCUUUAGUAAGUCCUCAACCCUCACUUCACAUACAAGAGUUCACACUGGAGAGAAGCCUUAUGGAUGCAAGGAAUGUGGGAAAGCCUUUAGUAGUUCUUCAUCCCUCACUAGACAUACAAGAAUUCACAAUGGAGAGAGGCCUUAUGAAUGUAAGCAGUGUGGAAAAGCCUUUAGUUUUUCGUCAUCCCUUACUACACAUGUAAGAACCCACAGCGGAGAGAGGCCUUAUGAAUGUAAGAUAUGUGGGAAAGCCUUUAGCGACUACUCAUCCCUCACUCAACAUAUAAGAACUCACAGUGGAGAGAGACCUUAUGAAUGUAAGGACUGUGGGAAAGCCUUUAGUUGUUCUUCAGCCCUCACUAAACAUCUAAGAACUCACAGUGGAGUGAGGCCUUAUGAAUGUAAGGAAUGUGGGAAAACCUUUAGUCAAUCCUCAGCCCUCACUUCACAUCUAAGAGUUCACACUGGAGAGAAGCCUUAUGAAUGUAAGGAAUGUGGAAAAGCCUUUAGUCAUUUUUCAGCCCUUGCUAUACAUACAAGAGUUCACACUGGAGAGAAGCCCUAUGAAUGUAAGGAAUGUGGAAAAACCUUUAGUCAUUCCUCAGUCCUCACUACACAUAUAAGAGUUCACACUGGAGAAAAACCUUAUGAGUGUAAGGAAUGUGGGAAAGUCUUUAGUCGUUCCUCAUCCCUCACUUUUCAUAUAAGAACUCACAGAAGGCCUUAUGAAUUUAAGGAAUGAGAGAAGGCCCCUAGUGAUUCCUAAGACCUCAGUAGACAUAUGAAAACUCAUGGAGAGAGACGUUAGGAGUAUACGGAAUGUGGGAAAGCCUUUAGUGAGCCUUCAUCCCUCAGUAGGCACAUAAGAAUUCACAUUGAAGAGAGGAUUUAUGAAUGUAAGAAAUAUGGAAAAGCCUUUAUUCAGUCCUUGCUCUCAGUAAAUCACAAUGUGGAGAGACAUGAACGUAAGGAAUUUGGGAAAGCUGUUCCUCAUACCUCUUAUCUCACAGAACACAAAAGAAGGCAUAGUGAAGAGAAGCCUUAUGAAUAUAAGGAAUGUGGGAAAGUCUUUAUUCUUCUCUAUAGGCAUACUGAAUCACAGUGGAGAGAGUCCUUGUGCACGAUCCUCAGCACUUGGAGAGAUCAGACUGGGUUUGCACAGUCGGCGCCCUGCUCCUGGGUGGAGCCCUCCGUACUCGUACGGAGCCGCUCCGCGGCGGCACCAGGCGUCCCAGAAACCAGAAGCGGAAGUGCACGUCCAUUCGUCGCUCAUCUGCUCCCGCCGGGGCAGCGCCAGGUGCAGCCCGCGGGCACCCCGAGAUUAAAGAGCACUGCUCCGGCUCUCCUCCGCAGAGCCGGCCUCUCCGCCCUCCCUGGGUUGCUCCAGAGCCGCGCAACUUCCUGUAGCGGGGCCGUGCUCGGGCCUCUGGCUGCCGCCGCCGGUUUCCCGCCGCCGAGAGCCCGGCCCACCUCGCCCUCGCCUCCUGUGCAGCGGCUGGCUUCUGCCGGCCACAGAGGUUUAGAUUCCAGAAGCUGGAGCAAGGAAAUGGACUCAGUGGUCAUUGAGGAUGUGGCCGUGGUCUUUACUCAGGAAGAGUGGGCUUUGCUGGAGCUUGCCCAGAGGAAACUCUACAGAGAGGUGAUGAUGGAAACCUUCAAAAACCUGGCCUCAGUAGUUUCUCAAAACUUUAUUGAUGGAGGAAAGUUAUCCAGUAAACAAAUAGUAGUGCAAUUCAUGAAGAAUGACACCUGGUCCUCUAUGUUAGGAGAAAUCUGCAAAUUGUAUGGCAUUGAAGAUCAGUAUAAAAACCAGGGGAGACAUAUGAGAAGGCAUAUGGGAGAGAGCCUCAGUGAAAGUAAUGAAGACAAUCAGUGUGGAAAAGCCUUCAGCCAGAUUGCAAAUCUUACUGUGAUCGAACAAACUCCUACUGAAGUAAAUCCUUCUGAGUGCUGUGAGUGUGGAAAAUCUGUCAUGCAUCAUUCAUCACUUCAGCAUCAUAUCAGGUCUCAUACUGGAUGCAAUACCUAUAAGUGUAAGCAAUGUGGAGAAGCCUGCAGUUGUCCCUCUCACCUAAGCACUCCUGUGAGAACUCUUACUGGAGAGAAACCAUAUAAAUGUAAGGUACGUGGGAAAAACUUCGUUUGUAGCUCAACUCUUAAGAAUCCUGUAACAACACUCACUAAAGAGAAACACUAUGAGUGUAAACAUUGUCAGGAAGAUUUCUGUAGUUUCUCAUCAUUUCAGACACACCUGAAAAGUCAUAAACGUGAAGGUAAAGAAUAUUGGAAAACCUAUACUCGUCCCUCAUUGGUCACUUUACAUAAAAAAUUUCAUAGUGGAGAUAAGCCUUAUCAGUGUAAGGAAUGUGGGAAAACCUUUAGUUGUUCCUCAUUGCUUACUACACAUAUAAGAACUCACAAUGGAGAGAGACCUUAUGGAUGUAAGGAAUGUGGGAAAGCCUUAAGUUGUUCCUCAGCCCUCACUAGACAUUUAAGAACUCACAGUGGAGAGAGGCCUUAUGAAUGUAAGGAAUGUGGGAAAGAUUUUCGUCACUCCUCAGCCCUCAAUAGACAUAUAAGAUCUCACAAUGGACAGAGGCCUUAUGAAUGUAAGGAAUGUGGGAAAGCCUUUAGUCGUUCCUCACACCUCACUACUCAUACAAGAACUCACAGUGGAGAGAGGCCUUAUGAAUGUAAAGAAUGUGGGAAAGCCUUUAGUCAAGCCUCACACCUUACUACACAUAUAAGAACUCAUAAUGGACAGAGGCCUUAUGAAUGUAAGCAGUGUGGGAAAGCCUUUAGUCAGUCUUCAUCCCUCACUAUACAUAUAAGAACUCACAGUGGAGAGUGGCCUUAUGAACGUAAGGAAUAUGGAAAAGUCUUUAGUUCCUCAUCCCUCACUAAACAUAUAAGAGCAGUGGAGAGAGGGUUAAUGAAUAUAAGUAAUGUGGGAAAGCCUUUAGUCCUUUCUAGUCUGUGACCAGACAUAUAAGAAAUCACAGUGAACAGAAGCCUCAUGAAUGUAAUGAAUGUGGGAAAACCUUUCGUUGGUUCACACACCUCAGUAUUCAUAUAAGAGUUCACUGUAAAGAGAAACCUUAUGAAUGUGAGGAAUGUAAAAAGUC